AUGUCACUUCAGGAAAGCCUUAAAGAAUUAGGCUGGCAUCUCACGCAGGAUGGUAUUGAUACAGUUAGCGAAAAUGGUGAGAUACAAGAUGUAAAUAUCAUUAGCCGGAAAGCCUUAGAUUACGAUCUACGUGAUAUUGGUGAUGCUGCGUUUCCCGAAGAUUUUACUAAAGAUCCCUCCAAACUAGAGAAACCGAUUGUUAUUCAAAUACAAAAGAUACGAAAUGUCUCUGCACCAAAAGCCAAUGAAGAUUCUGGAUCUGCACCACGGAUGUUAAAAUUGAUACUUCAUGAUGGGAAGUCAAUAUGCACGGGACUGGAGACCAGUCCCAUACCUAAUCUUAGUAUCAACACGCCUCCUGGUACAAAAUUGUUGCUUAAUAAUGAAGGACUUGAAGUGUGUCAUGGGAUUAUCUGGCUUACUCCAAGUGUCAUAUCAAUUUUAGGAGGAAAGGUUUCUCACAUGAUUGAGAAAUGGGAGUUAAAUAGAAGCUUAGCAAAACAUACGAGAGGUGGUAUUGGUGCAGAAGGUGGACCUCCACCAUGGAUUCCAUUUGGUCAACGCUUACAAACACUUGGUAUGGACAAACAGUUUAAGAGCUUGCAAGAUGCUGCAAAACAGGAUAAUGCAGAGUUUGAGGCUCAAAGAAAAGGCGCAAUUGCUGAAGCUCAAAGAUUGUCCGGGGUGAAAAAGGUAUUUGGUGGAGGUACUAAACCUCUCUUGGAUGCAAAUGUUCAGAAAAUUGUUGACGCCGGAUUCUCUGAAGAGCAGGCUGACAAUGCUCUUAAAUAUACUAAGAACAAUGUAGACAGAGCUCUCAGGAUAUUGCAGAAAAGAGAUAAUUCAGAAAACAGGAGUAAGGAAAAGCAAAAAGAGCCAGAGCAAUCUAAACGUAAGGGACGUAGGGAGAAAGAACCUGGUGAUGAGGACAGCCACCAGAUACCAAUUAAACCAUCAGGGAAGAAUCCUAUGUAUGCAAAUAUUAAUUACAUGAGUGGAGCACAAGGUGGAUAUAAUGGGCGACAAUAUGGGUAUGGUGGGAGGCCUCAAGAAUAUAAUAACUUGCGUCCUGGAGGGCCAUUCCUACCGGGCUCACUGCUCGGUUUUCAAAAUGCAGCAGUGAAUGAACAAGCACGUGCCAUGCUGGGAGUUGCUGACAUAAAUUGGGAAGUUGGUGAUCGAUGCCUUGCUCUUUAUUGGGAGGACAAUAAUUUCUAUGAAGCAGAAAUCACUGGGAUAUCAGCAAAUACUGUAGUAGUUAAAUUUUGUGCAUAUGGUAAUCAUGAAGAAGUUUUAAAAUCGAACUGCUUGCCAUUUCCUAAUCAACCGGCGGGCGGCAGCGGCGGGUUCGUUUCGCGCGGCGGCAUGUUUGCCCCGCGGAGGCCG